AUGAUAUCACCUAUGGAGAAAGCACCAGUCUCUAAACGAAACAGUCAACACGGAAUACACCCAGAGAGAAUACCUCCACAAGGUAUACCUUCAAACGGGAUAACUGCACAUGGGUUACCGUCAAACGGGAUAACUGCACAUGGUCUACCCUCAAACGGGAUAACUCCACAUGGUCUACCCUCAAACGGGAUAACUCCACAUGGUCUACCCUCAAACAGGAUAACUACACAAGGGAUAACCCCGAAUGGGAUAACUCCACAAAGUACAUGUAUACACCCCAACGGGUUUACUCCAAAUAGUAUACCACCAAACGGGAAACCUCUUCAUGGGCUACCACGACACGGGAAACCUCUACAAGGUUCAACGGAACGAGAUGGAUUUCCGGUCCUGAGAAAAAGAAACGGAUCUGGAAAUCGAACGAAGGAAAAUGACAAAAUAACACAUCGGCACGUAUUUCAUACCAAUGACUCAAUUCCUACACUCCGAGAGGUUGAUGAAAACAGACCGGAAACUCCUAUCGUCAGAACACGACGGGAGCGUUAUCAACUGGCAAUGGAAGGCAAAACCGGAAAUGGACGUCCAAUAGUACCACGUGAUACACAAGAUGUAUAUUCCUCAAAUGGGAUGUAUAAGAGAAUGUUAGCUUCGACUCCUUCAAAUCCAGUCCGAUCUGGAAAAAGCGGUAGUAGGUGUCCAACCCCAGUUCCCUUUGAUCAGCCACUAACAAGACUCUGCUGGGACAACGGAGGUAACAAGGACCUCGACACUGAGGACGAAGAUGACAGCAACUACCCAUACAACCCUUCAAAGAUACCAUUUACACCUCGGAAUCAAGUCACUAAUCCGCUCUUCCGAAAUUUAAAGCAUAUAAAUGACGUCACUGUGGCGGACAUUGAGGACAUCCACGAUUUUGAGAAAAGCACCGAACAUUUAAACUUGACUCAGAAAGUUCUCAAUUCCUACUUUCGGAAGAAAAUGGAUUGUACACAGAGAAUAGUGAAGUGGUUGGUGGAUUGUGAGGAAAAAUCAAACACGUCUUCACUUCCGGCUCAUUUACCAAAUAUAUUAUAUAGAAACACUAGUGCACAUGCUCGCCAUGAAUGA